AUGAGUAUCCUCGAACGCAGCAAAACGCCGUCCGGGCGUAGAGUUCGAGAAGAAGAUGGACCGUAUAACCCUGACGAAGAAGAUAAUCCUAACCCUAAUGUAACUCCCAACAAACGACGCAAAACUGCAUCUUCUCUGGCGACCUCUGCGAAGAAUCGCACUCGUUUCGCCAUCAAUACCAUCCUACAGAAGCAAUACCCUUUGGGCGUCGAGCUCCCACAACGACCAAUAUGCGUAAUCACGGGCGAGACAGAUGACAUGAAUCCCAUCGAGUUCAGCCAUGUGGUAGCCAAGGCUGUCGAUGAUGAGACGCUUACAAAAUUGGAAUGGGCUUGGGGGAUGCGGUAUUGGUCGCUGAAUGUUGACACUCACUUCAACCUCCAAACACUUUCUGUCGCUGUCCAUAGAUUCUUUGAUAGACAAGAAAAUGGAUGGUUCUGGCUGCCGGAACUGAACAUUCUUAGCAACUUCCUAAAGACGUACCGAGCCGACAUCCAUCGCUUUGACGUCAAGAAGGCAUGUUUCUCCCCAUCUUAUACGGGUGGUACACAAGCUAACCUACCCAUUCAGCUAUAUAAGAAUAAACAGAGUUUCAAAUAUCGCUUCGUCGCCACUCAAGGGAUGAAGUCCUGCUGUGCAAUCAGGAGAUACCACGGAAGUUACACGUCAGUGGAUCCACUCGCCUUCAAACAACAUGUGUACCCCUUCCCCGAAUUGCCGCAAUUCGAGCUCAACAUCCUUCCUCACUUUGUUAUAUUUGAUACGGGUAGGAAGCUGGAUAAAAUUCUGGGUGGUUCGACCAGUUUCGACGGCAUCUACUCCAACUUCGACCUCCCCGUGAUCAUGGAUGGUUUGGGGGCCAUGUUCGCUUGUCUCGAUCUUUAUCGGUUGUGGAUGUCAGGAUCGCCGAGCGAUGAUUUCACCAACUCAUUGGAUUCUUCCCAAGCACCCAGCCAGACUUCAAACCAUGAUUCGUCGCCCAAGUCUGGGACUGGUCGUUCCACACGUACCUCUCAACGUACCCGCCAUAGCAGGGCUUCCGCUCCUGAAGAAAAUCCUGACGACAGUGCUGGCGACGAACUUUCUCCGGAUGAUUCGGCAUCAAACAUGGAUGAUCCAGUUGACUACGACGAACGGGAGGAGGAGGAGGAUUGGACCGACGAUGACGAAGCCAAACUAAUGCGUGAGAUUGAAGAGUGGGCUGAGGACGUGUGGAGACAUUCACUCCUUGACUCGGACGAAGACAGCGCUUCCAACUCUAGCACCGGUGGCAUGACCCUCGUGGACCCUUCGGAUGAGCAACCGAGCGUUGAUAAGAUUCCAAUUGUGGUCGACAGUGAAGGCGAGCCUCAUCAAGUUAAGGCAUCAGCUUUCGGCGACCACAUGAGCAAGAGUUUGCCGAUCGAUGGGACCUUCACUAUUGACCCGCUGGAAUCUUGUACAAACGGCGAAUGA